AUGACUGACAGAAGCAUAUCACCCAUGUUUCUUCGGACUCUCAAGUACAUUGAGUCAGGAGCGGAAAACUCGGCGGGGUUAAGCCCGAAGCGUUGGAAAGCAGCUUGUGAAACGCGGGGGCGUCGGGCUCCGGCUCCUCCGCGGGGGCUCGAACCCCGCGCCGGGGCCGGGGCCGGGGCCGGGGCCAGCGCCAGCACCAGCGCCAGCACCGGGGGGACGGGCAGCCCGGCCGCCGGGACGGGCCCUCACGCCGCCGCAGGGAGCGGGAAACCGAGCCCCGGCGGGAACCGCCAGCGGGAAACUCGAGCUGCCCGCCCUGCUGCCUCGCCCCUGCGUGGGGCAGGACGCAGCCCGCGGCAGGGGGAAGCCGGCGAGCCCGGGCUGCGGGGGCUCGCACCGCCGGGGCCACGGCUGGGCACGGCUCGCCCGGCGGCGCGGGGAGCGGGGCAGGGCGCGGCGGGGCACGGCCCGCGCAGGAAGCGGGCAGCGCUUCCGGGUCGGCGGCCGAGCGCGGCGGGGCCUGGGCCGGGCCGGGUGAGCGCGGCGGGGCGGCGGGGAGCGGGGGGGGGGAGCGGGUUGCCGCGGGGCUGGGGAUCGGGGGUGUGCGGGGCCCCGGCCUCGUCGCCCGGCGGCCGCGGGAAGAGCCGCGUCGGUGCGAGCGGCGCGUGGGCGGGAGGUGGGACGGACACGGGGUGUCUGGGCCUCCGGUGCGGAAGGCGGAGGAGAAGGCCGAGCGGGAGCGGGGCUGCCCCGGGAGGUAUGGACAGCGGGAAGGAUGAGAAAAGCAGGAAGCUCCGUGCCGCGUCCCAAGACGAGCUGAGAGUGCGAGGAAAAGAAAAAAGGAAACGAAAACGCAGUAGAAGCAGGUCGUCAUCCGUCUCAUCCACGUCAUCUUCUAGCGCUGCAUCCACUUCUUCCUCCUCCUCACGCUCGUCGUCAAGGUCGUCUUCUUCAAGUAGCAGAGAUUCUCGUAAGUCUAAAUCAAAGAAAAGGAAGAAAGAAAAACACAACAAAAAGAAAAGGAAAAAAGAUAACAAAAUGAAGAAAAAGAAAGAAAAGAAGAAAAAGAGAGAGAAAACAGGACCUGUCCAGCUUUCCAAGUUCUUUAAAAACAAAAAGAAGAAUGAAAACUACAGCAUGAUAACUGGAAAGAAAAUUAAGAUGAGAAUAAAGAAGACUAAGAAGGAUAAAGAGAGAGACCGGAACCGUGCAGAACUUCUCGAAUUUCUGAACUCUGCCUUAUAAUGGGAAGAGUGCUGACCAGGGACUUGUAAAUAUACCAAGCCAACGAUCAUCAUGCCUAGCAAAACACUAAAGGGAAACUCAGGGAAAAGGACGCCAGGUUGGACAAGACCACGUUCUCCAGCUGAGAAGGCAAUUGGGAUGUCCCUUUUUUAAUGGCAAAAUGAAGAGCAAGUGAUAACUUGUAAAUGAAGAUCUGUGUCCUCCUUUUGAGAUCCUAAGGUAAUAGCCAGGCUGUGGUGUUUUAGGAGAGCCUAAGACUGUGUCAUUGACAGUGAUAAGAAAUGACACACUGAAGCCCAAUAAUGUAAUUUCUAUCCUAACUGCAUGCAGGACGCACUCUUAAUUUCAAUUGUCUUAAUGUUUGUAGUAGUUUAAGCAGAAUACUUGCAAAUGUCUGUUUGAAAGAUGAGGCGUUUCUAUAUGUAUAUUUUUUCCAGUAGUGGUUUUACUUGUCCUAAAGAGCAAGUUGACCUUUGUAAAUAGAACGUGCUUUUACAUAAAUAAUUUUUUGACAGUUGA